AUGGAUUCAUCAGAUUCAAAUAUACCGGAAGAUAUCGCGUACCACCAGCGAUGGGAUUUCAUGUGCCCAAAACUCACCCACGCGCAAUGGGAGAUCUGCGAGUCGUACGGUGGAUGGACCCAGUUCCUCGAUCACUAUGGUCUCAAGCGGCCCUGGGAGCGCGUGCAGUGGGUCGAGGGGGUUAAGAUUCUUGACAUCAUCGCGCGCCGAAUCGAUGCAGCUUGCCCGGAGUCCCCUCUCUGA